UAUACAAUUUUCCUCAAAGUCAAAAUAUUAAGCGUAAGGACUUCGCUCCACUAUGACUGAUGACCUUGCGCUUCGUACACAUACAAAAGCUUACAUUCACAAGGAAUAAGUAUACCGCUAACACUUGUCAUUAAAACCUCCACGUCUUCAGCUGAGAUAAGCGCGCACCAAAUAAACGUAUCGGAGAGCAAAACGAACGCGAGCUGCGAGUAGAUCCAUUGUGGCGAACAAAAAAGUCGCUAUAAUAAUGUUGUGCCGGGCCCUGUUGGCCGCCGCCGUCUUUACAUGUACGUUGUCUCGCGGUUCGCGCCCACCGACUUUAAACUACAUAAAAGGUUCAAAAAAAUAUACGGAACAUAGGUUGCGACUAGAAGAAAGUGAGCUCAUGGUGUUUCCAACGUUGAUCAAAAGUUAAUACGAUUAUAAAUUGAACGAUGAUUGUGAUUUGGAUGUGUUGUGCGUGCUUUUGCUCAGUGGCGUCCAAAAGGAGGACAUCGACGCUAGCACCCUGCGGAAGCUGCAGCGGCACAACGUAAACAUCGACGAUAUCAACGACCAGUGAGUUUAUGCCGUAUUGUUUCGCUGCGAUAACAUUCUGAGAUUUGAAAACGAAAAACGUUCAUGAGUACCUACUUAUCGUCCUAGCUUAAUGAAAAACGAAUAAGUGUGUAGCGAAAAUUGAAUCACAAUCAAUUGUCAAUGCCCCUCCAAUAACUGAUUUUAUGUUAACAUAGUUUCCCUACUCUGUGUCACUGGUUAAGUUCAAAGUUGAUACCAUAGAGGUGAUAAAAUAUGAAAUAAUACAACUACAAAAAAAGUUGCUUCAUUACUAUUAAUCUGGUAAAAUGACGAAAUGCUAAUUUUCUUUCUAAAUAUUACCUCGAUUUUAAACAGGCAGCUGAAAAAACAAUGUCUUGGUAAAACAGACAUUCCAAUAACUAUGACCACGCCACUGAAAAAUCCGACAACCGAGAAAAUAGAGUUGACUGCUACCGACAAAAAUGGACUACCAGCCGAAGACACGACACCGCUACAAAAGAUCUUUGAAUAUUUAGAAUAUUUACAUAAAGAAGAAAAAAGAAAAGCCUUGGAAUCGAAAGAUAACACUAAAAAAUUUAAACUGGGACAGGAACCGUUCUCAUUUCUAUCCAGCCCCUCUUUUAGUGGUAGAAUUCAAGGAAUGAAUGUUGAAGAUCCAAGUACCGAACCGCCACUUCCAAAAACAACAACUAGCACUAAGAAGGACUAUGAAAAAAACAAAAUAGAAAAAAAUAUAAAUUCGGAGCUAGAGACCUUGAUGAACGUUUUGCGAACGAAUAUUGGCAGGACGCUUGAUUUAUCGCAUCAAGGAAGUACAACGGUUAAAACAGUAAAAGAUCUUUCUGUUUCUGAACACACUAAAGAUAUAGACUACAUUACAAAAAUAGUAGAGGAAAUAAUGUCUAAAAGACAAUUGAAAGAAGUAAAUACUACCAAGGGCCCUAAUUUGAAUACAAAUGAAACAAUGCAAAAUGUAGACCAAAUGCUUGACGUACUAUCCAAAAACAAAUCAAUAUCUCUAAUAAACUAUUAUUUAAACAAUUGCAAGCUCGGAAAUUUUUAUGAAAAUAAUCAAGGUGAUAAGGAGAAAUUGGAUACAUUUGACAAUAUCAAAAGGCUUAGAUCAAGUAUUAAUGAACCAGAAGCAAAAAAUAACGAUGAAUACUUUAUUUGCAAUAGAUUCAAACCACCAGAACAGAAGGUAGUCCCUGGCCAAAACGACAACCCCAUAAUCAGUAACAUUUUAAGUGAAUUAAAAAAGGAAAGUCAAAGGUUUAAGCUGUUGGAUAAAGAAAGUGCCAUUGGCAGUAUUAUGAAACAUCAACCACAAACUGCCCAAAUCAAUCAGAUAAAUAACAACGUUAAAAUUAUCAAUAAAGAAGGGUUAAAUAUAGUAAAUAAAGAAAGCAUUAGAGCAUUAGGCAAUCAAUCUCAAAGUAUUAGCUUUGAUGAUCUAAGAGAUCACAUGAAAAUAAGCGAUGUUUAUAAAGACGGGUUAGAGGUCUCGGAUAGUGAAACUGAUAAAGCAUUAAAAAUUGUGUUACAAUCGCAGUCACAACUCUUUAAUCAAAUAUUUAACCAACAAAGAAAUCUAAUAAAAAUGUAUAAUAAUGACAAAGAAAAGUUAAAGCCACCCGAAAAUGAAAUUACCAAACCUUUACAAUCUGCAUAUAAAGCUCAAACAAACAAUGAAGUUUUGGACGACCAAAAUGAACCUGUGGUAACCAUACAACGACCACAAGAGGAAUACCCAACAAAAAUUAAUGAAAACAUACAUAAAAUAGAAUCUAUAUUAGGACAUGAGCAAGCAGAAACUACAGGUCAUUCACCCUCAUUUCAUUACAGACCAUCAAAAUCAGACAACAAUAUAAUAAAUGAAGAAUACAAAAGAUGGCUACUUAUGGCCCCAAACUCUUUUGUCAUAGGAGAUCAAGCUACAGAACCGAAACAUAAUGUUAGGACAAGAAAUAGGAUGGAUGAUACAUUAAAAAUAACCAAUACAUUGAAUAGUAUCGUCCUCGAUCCAAACUUCGUUAAGGAGUAUAAACGACCCUGGUUCUUUGCCGAACUAAGCAAUAAACAUUUUAAACUUAAAAUCAAUGGAAAUCAACAGGGAUUAUUGUUUACACCUAACAUCGAUAGCAAAAUAACAAAUACAGUCAAGCCUAUACUUCAAAAUGCGUACGAAAAAAGUUGGUCACCGUACUUUGACACUGCCGAUAAUAACACUGCGGUCAUUAGAACAAACGAAAAUCUAAGGACUAAUAAAAAACAACCAAGUAUAGUCGUCGAUUCAGAUUAUCCAUCGUUAAUUCAGUCGAAGGUUCGAGAGUUAACGGAUAAGAGUAAAAAAUAUCCCAUGAUCGACGGAACGUAUGAAAAUAAAUAUCCUAGCGUCAUUGAAGAUCGAAGAAGUUCAGAACAAUUAGAAACCAAACAAGAUAAAAAAAUUAACAAAUUUAAUUGCCAAUCAAUCCAUGAAACCAGGGUCGAAUGCCUUUCCGCUAUUGAGUAUAAAAGUAACUGGGGACAUUUUAGAAAUAAGCAAAAUAAUAUAAAAAUUACUAAUAUGAGAGAAAAUAAUGAGGAAACUGAAACUUUCAAUAAUAACAUAAGAACGAAAAAUAAUAAUUAUAGAUUACCCUCAAGACCCACAAUCACUGACCAGCAUUUGGACAGUGAUACAACUUUAGACCAAUUUAAAACAAAUAUUGACGACGAUGAUUUGAUCAGUCAAAAUGAAACUAAAGAAAGUAAAAAUCCACCUUCAUUUCCUCCAAAUGUUAUAAAAGAUAUAGCGCAAAGUAUAAAAGAAUUUGUAUUAAGAGAUUUAAAAACAACAAUGACGACGACGACAAUAGCACCAAGUAGUACUACAACUUCUCAAAUGACAACUAUAACACCUACUACAAUCACGAAAAUAGUCAAAUCUAGGACAACAGAAGAGAUGCCAACGACAUCGACUAUAGAUCCAUUAAAGAUACAGGAUGCUUCGAAAACACUGGAGAAAAUGAUGGAAAUGUUUGCAAAAAUCACUUUAAUGAAGGAUACAGUUUUAGAACCAGAGCAUGUUCCAUACAACAGGGAUACAACAGUCACAACACAAAAGACAACCACGCAACACCAUGAACAAUCAAUAGUACCAACAGACAAUACCCUCCGACAUCAACAGAAUAUCCAACUGGAAGAAAACCGUGUACCGCUUGUUUCACAACCUUUACAACAAAACGUAGAUAACCUUAAAGCAUACGUGCCUCAACUGGUAGAAAGGAAAAUUGAAAAUCUGUUGCCAUAUGGUUUACAACCUUUGCAACGGGAUCCAGAAAAUCAUGUACCAUACGUCACACAAAUCUUGCAGCGUAACCCAGAGAAUAGAUUAGCAUAUGACUCACAAACAUUGAAUCUUAACCCAAACCAUCAUGUACUGUAUGAUACACAGCCUUUACAUCAAGUAAACCGAGUACCAUAUGAAAUACAAACAUCAAAGGGCAACUUAGAAAACCCAGAAAUUAGCGAGCAGUAUGUGUCACAGGCAGUACAACUGAAAACAGGAAAACGGUUACAGUAUUAUCCAUAUUCCUUAGAGCGUAAUCCAGAAAAAAGAGUAUAUGUUCCACAGGCCCCAGUAAACUAUACACCAUAUGUUCCAAAAGUUGCACAACUCAAAAUUGAAAACCCUACGUACGUCCCACAGGCCGUACCACAGAAAGCAGAAAGCCGUUUCCCAUUUGAUUCACAGCUCUUACAAAAUAAUCAAGAAAACCCUCAACAUGAUACACUGUAUUUGCAGCGUAAUCCAGGAGACCGUAUACCAGUUCCAGACUUUAAAACCGAAAGCCGUAUACGAUAUUUUCCACUAGCUUUACAAUCGAAAACAGAAAACCGAAUUCCGUAUGAUCAGCAGCUCUUACAGCCAAACUCAGGAAUCCCCGUUACAUAUCGUCCAGCGCCCUUCAAAUAUUUGCCACAUGCUGCGGAAUUACCACUAGGAAAUAGCAUACCAUAUGGUUCACGGGUUGUGCAACCCGUGAAAACCGAGAACUAUUUACCAUAUAAUCCAAAACCAAAUGGCUCAAAAAACAGGCCGUAUGAUUACAGUAUGAUGGACCCCUAUCACCAUUCGAAAAUGGAAUAUGACGCACCUGAAGCACCUGUCCCGCAAAACAAAGUAAAGCCGUCUUCCGGUAAAGAAGUUAUAACAGUACAAACAAACUCUGGAGAAAUAUCACCUUUGAAAAUAGUACUGCAGAAACCUUUUUUGCAAAAUAUAGUACUUACAACAAAAUCGCCAGUAAAAGUGCAUCACAGUGAUGAAACUUUCAAUUUCAGAAAACCAAUACAAAAACAGAAUCGCCACCAGGUGCAAGUCAAAGAAAGCGAAAUGAGUAAUAUUAAUGAAGACAAAGGUUAUGUGCCUCGACAUGUGACACACAAAGAUACUAAGAUAGCUGCUCCAAAAUCUAGAAAAACUAAAAAGGAACGUGAAGUAAUCCAACACUAUAAGCCACGAGAUCUUAAUGAAAUUGAAAAAUUUCAUGAAAAGUUAGAAGGAGGCGAUACGUGGCAUCGCGAAGACGAAAAGAUUGCAAAGAGAGUACAAAGACCAAUUGUGAAGAAUACUAAUUAUGACGACACGCAUUUCCGAAAUUUUCUACAAACACAACAAAAAGUAAACGCUAUGCUUGAGAAAAUAUUGGCUUCUGGUAAAACGAAGCCAAUCAGUGCCGAGGUUAUAUAAAUUUUAUUGUUUUAUAGUUUUUUUUAAUAAAAUGCACACAAGUGCGCGGA